CGCGGCGUUGAACUCGGUGUUGUUAACCUACCAGUCACGGAUCAGCCCUGUUUCCAAAAGGGCUCCUCUUAAUGUAACAAUUCCCAGAUUGCCGUGGAAACCUAAUCUAUAGUUAGUUCUGUAAUACGCUUACAUGGUGGCUCUGGGGGAAGAGCCUGAAGCCUCCUGACGAUUGGAUUCUACGCGGCGGUGCCCUGGGCUUCUGCGUUUUUUUGAGCUUUGCGUUGGAGAUGAACACGGAGGUGUAGCAGAAGGGAGGAAUGGAGAGUCGGGGACUGUCACACGAGCGGUACUGCUCUAAUGCCAGCAGCCUCCAGGCGUCUCCUGCACAGCUCGUAGGUUCCUGACCAUAAAGGUGCUCACUUGAAAGGGGUUCUCUCCAGCCGUGCUUGAGGCUUCUGUCACUUCUCUGGAGCAGGCGUCUUACGAAUAGCGCAGGAACCCUGAUGGGAGAGCACACCACGUCUGCCCUUCCUGAUGGACUAAAGGAACUAGUAUUAGGUGGUGGUAGGAAUGUGGAUAUCUGCCGGGCUCUGUUGGUCAAUAUAAUUGCACUUGGUAACUUCCCUUUCCAGCUUUAACUGCGCUUUAUCUUCUGAGAAAUCUGUACAGCUGGCAGCUAAGGUCAAGACAAGCCCUUCGACCCGCAGGUGCCUUACAACUGGAUCCAGAGAUGAAUGGACAGGAGGAUUGCUCUAACUCUGUAAUGAACCCCUGGCUAUGUUUGUGCACCCGCCGUAAGUUAAGCAUUAGGAUUUCUCCUUGGAGCUCCCCAGAAACAAAUUUCUCAAGUGGGAAGAUCUCUGCUACCCUUAAGAUUGUAAUCCCGUUGCGAGACGGUUUCUGGUAUGCACUUAAAGCCAUAUCUCAAGUUACAGAAGAAAGAGCGAUCUCCAGAAAUAAGCCAGGAUUCCCUGAGAGGCCCACCUGCGAGCCAUCAGAGAGCAGCACAAGAAGAAAAAUACAGCAACAACUGCACCAAACGGAGCGUUUUCCCCAAACCCUCCCUCGUGGCUCCAUCUCGAAAGCUUCUGGGAAUUUUUUAUCCAAAUAAUAUGUGCAAUAUGAGUGGGAAAUGUCCAGCGGAUGGUCCGAGCGCCAGGGAGAAGAAGAACGCCCUGUCUGCGACCAUCCACCAGGGGGAAGAAGGGGAAGGGCCUCUGGAUGUCUGGGCUGUGGUGAAGCCUGGCAACACGAAGGAGAAGAUCGCCUUCUUCGCAGCCCAGCAGUGCAGCGGCAACAACCGCCUGGGCUCCAUGAAAAUCAAGAGCACGUGGGAUAUCGACGGGAGGACGGCCAAGCGAAGGAAAAAAUCGGUGGAUCUUAAAAAAGCCAAGAUCCAGCUGGAACGCGUGAGGGAGGCGAACGCCCGGUGCGCUCAGCCGGAGCCGUUCGCCUGUGGCAUCGAGCACUGCUCCGUGCACUACGCCAACGACAACGGCGAGGGCGUCUUCCCGGGCCGCUCGCUGUCCGUGAUAGAGAUGGUCGCCUUCCUGGAGCAACGCGCGAGCGCUCUGCUGGUGGACUGCGCGAAAACUUGCGCCCCGGCUCCCGCCGCGAGGCCGAGCGCUCAGCCCAAGGGAGCGCUCCCCAGCUCGGACCCUUUCCCCGCCGCCGGGGCGUGCGAGGUACACGAGAGGGGAACUUGUGGCGAGCAGCAGCAGCAGGGCGAGCCGGUGCGCGUGCUGGACAUGGUGGCCAGGCUGGAGUCGGAGUGCCUGCGGCGCCAGAGCGAGCGGGAGGCCGGCGGCCUGUCCCGCAACAACAGCUUCCGCAGGAACGUGGGGCGGGUGCUCCUGGCCAGCGGCACGCAGCCCGGCGGCGAGGCGGGCAGAGCCUCCUCCUCGGCCGCCCUGGGCCAGGGCGAGGGGCUGGGAGGCGCGGGGGCGGCCGAGGCUGGGUGCGGAGGUCGGUGCGAGGCCGCGGAGCCGUGGGACGGCGCCGCCUGCGCUCGGCAGCCGUUCCCUGCCGCGCUGGAGGCUCGUGUGGGGAGCGCGGGCUCGGGACUUGCUCAGGCGGUGUUGGCGAUGACGGCGGGCAGGAGCGAUGCCGACAGGCGGGGGGAGCCUCCCCGGCCUCUGCCGGCCGCCGCCAGGGUGCCUGCGGAUGCCUUGCAGAGCAAGAGCGCGAGUGCUGAAUGUACGUCGAAGGAGGCUGUGAUUCUUCCAAAGCAGAGCCCGCAUCCCGCCAGGAAGGAGUCCCUGUGCAUCAGCAUAUCGGUCACCAAGACCGAGAAGGGGUGCAGGAAGGAGAAACUCUCUCGCUCCGGCUCCGGUGAAGAUCCGCUCCCGGGGAGGUUGUUUUUCCUCCAGGCCGGCCAGCCUGCCGCUCACGAGCAACAGCCGCUGCGGGAAAGCGCCCAAGAAAAGCCAGAAGUAGCCCAAAACGAGGGUGAGGAUGCUUUAGGGUCUGACAGAUCGUGCGUCAGGAACGGCGUCUCUCCAGAGCCGCCUGUCCUCUCUGGUCCCCCACCAGAAGGUGCUUUGCAAGCACUCGACGCCUCCUGCCUAAAGAGGCAGGUCUCGCAUGACUUUUUGGAGACCAGGUUUAAGAUCCAGCAGCUUCUGGAGCCUCAGCAGUAUAUGGCCUUCCUGCCGCACCACAUCAUAGUGAAGAUCUUUGGGUUGCUUCCCACCCGGAGCCUGGUCGCCCUCAAAUGUACUUGCUACUACUUCAAAUUCAUCAUCGAGUACUACAACAUUCGGCCGGCGGACUCGCGCUGGGUCCGCGACCCCCGCUACAGAGAAGACCCUUGCAAGCAGUGCAAGAAGAAAUACGUCAAAGGGGACGUGUCCUUGUGCCGCUGGCACCCCAAACCAUACUGUCAAGCUUUACCUUACGGGCCCGGGUACUGGAUGUGCUGCCACAGGUCUCAGAAGGGCAUCCCGGGCUGUAAGCUGGGUCUUCAUGACAAUCAUUGGGUUCCUGCCUGCCACAGCUUUAACCGGGCUCUCCACAAGAAGACUAGAGGCGCCGGAGCCGAAGGGGAAGAGGAAUAUUAGUGCACAUACACUUUCCUGUGAGAUUGUUUGGGGUAGGAGGAGAUUCUCAUGCCUUGUGCUGUUUACAGUGUAUAUAAUUGUCGUGUUUUUCACAGGGCUAUGAAACUGCACAUCCUUAAACACAAGAGCCUUUACCUUUUAGAUGAAAGAUAGCUUUUAGUCCAUCUAUGUAAAUAACACUAUAAAAACUAAUUGUACAUACAGAGUCUACAGCUGGCUGAACAACGUACUCACUACAAUGCAGCUACGAUAGUGUUGCGGCUAUAGUUGUGUGUGUUUUUAAGUGUCUCGUUUCGAAAUCUGUAUAUCCUGUAUAAUAUAUGAAUGUUUCUGAGAGGAAACUCUAAAUAGGUAAAGGCCACCUUGUUUAAAGAACCUUCAAACAAUUUAACUGGACAACCUUAAAAAUUAGCCUAGAGCAGAUCCAUUAUAGUAGCCUUGGCAGUGAAUAAAAAGAGAGGAAUAUUAUUGUAUAGUCAGAAUAUAAAAAGUUCUUGCCUACCUUACCCAUGUUGUCUGUUUUUUUUUUUUUUGGUUUUCUUUUUUUUUGAUUUUUUUUUUUUUUACUUAAAUAAAACGUGCAUUCUA